AUGAGUCGCGGUCUGCGGCAGAGUGAUGGUGUGGACACUGUCAUGAAUCCGUGUCUUCACAUAGUAGAGUCUGUGGAUUUGGAAAAGAUGGGCGAAGAGACGCCUACAGACUACUACUAUGAACAGUUGAGGAAGGAUCUCGGCGAGCGAUAUCCGAAGGCAGAUCCUUUCUUGUUGGACCACCUUGUCUCGCUGGAGGGCUUUUUGGACAAGUCGAUCAUUUUUGGCUUUUCGUUCGGCGUUUCCAAAGCCGAGAUUUGCGUGGAGCAUGGCAAGCUCCUCGGACAUCUGAUCGGGAGGCACGGGAUGCUACCUGAUCCGGAAAGAUGCCAAGCUGUGGGGCGAAUCGUGUGGUCCUGGUUGGAAGCUCAUCCACCUUCGCGCAUUGAUUUUUGGGAACUUUUUGCUGGGCAAGCAGGGCUCACCCUCGCUGCGAGGCAGAGAAGGUUGAGCGUCGCGCCACCGUUGGAUCGACUCUAUCCUGCCUUCGGUAAGGCUUGGGAUCUGAGCUCGCCCGUGGACCAGGAGCUGUUUUGGUGUCUGUACAUGGUGCUGCAGCCGGCGGCGCUUCACGCUGGACUGCCAUGUGAGCAUUACAGCGUGAUGGGCCAGAGGAAGCCGGACAGCAAUGACCGGUCCGUGAGGGAGUUGGUCAUGCGAGUUCUCGCUGAGCAGGAGAAGGGAGGAAGAAAAGGGACGGUUGAGAGUCCAACGGGUAGCCAGCUAUGGAGCGAAGACGAUUGGGUUCGCAGCUUUGGUCAGCUCGCUAGCCCGAAGCCUCCCUGGCAAUAUGCAUCAACAGAUGGUUGCCAAUAUGGGAUGGAAUCCAAGGGCCUGACCGAUGGGAGCUUCGGCCAGCCUGUGAAGAAGGGACAAAUCUGGCUGAGCAACUUUUGUCUGAGUGAGUUUUCCUUGAGGUCUCCAGCGCGUUCAAUAUGCCAGAGGGUUCCUCCGCUGGAAGCUGUGUCUUCGCGGAAUGCUGUCUAUACUGCUGUGAGUGAACGGCAAGGAGUUGUCACAUCUGAUGAGCUCAGCGCAGCAGAAAGAGAGCAAUUGGACAAGGAAGUAGCUGCCUUGUCCAAGCAGAUGGACGAGUUAUGGAAAACUCGUGCGCACGGUGAAGGUGACUUCGGACCACAACCACCCUACCCGUCCGUUCUUUGCCCUGUGUUUCAGCGUCUUCGCGUCUUCGUCGUUCGGUUCACGUUGUUCGUUUCCCCAUGUUCAUGUUUCGCCGCAGCCGUUUCUGUUGCUCAGAGCUACCGGGUCGGGCGUGGGACGCGGGCCGUGGCCGCGGACGGAAGUCCAGCGAGCCGAAUGGGGCGCGGAAGGGGCAAGGGUCAGAAGCACUGGAAGAGGAAUUACUGGGAGGACGCAGGAGAAAUGGGACGGGCCAUGACAAAGGCUUACCGUCACGGUGGCUAUGACCACCGAGGGUGUCUGGACCCAGAAGGCUGGAUCCGGCUGGACGCGUCCGCCGAGCUCUUCCAAGUGCCGGUCGCUCACAUGCAGAAGGCGAUCGAGUUAGACGGGAAAGGCGCAAAGAAGCGCUUUGAGGUGACAAGCCAAUCCCUCGCUGAACGAGGCUUGGGAGGUGAUUCACCCCUCUGGCACGGGACUGUUCUGGAGCGGUGCGAUGGCAUUGUGCGCUUCGGGAUGUUGCCAGGUGGAGGGGAUGCUAGCAACCGCUUGACGGUGUACUGGGUCGCCGGAAGCAAACCGAGUCCUGGCGAAGGAAGGACCGGCUUCCGUGCGGACUCGACCGCGGUUGUGGAGACCUCUGUGCGCAACUUGUGGGCGCAUGGGGUCAAGAUGUACCAUGGAGCGGACGGGGAGUACGGCGCGUCAGCUGUGCUCUUGUCGUUGGCAGCUCCACCGGAGAGCCUGACGCGCAUCUUGGCCAUAGGGGAGGAGUCUCAGGCCUAUGACCAGGUCUUGGCCGAGAUCACUGACUCGGGGUUCGAGCUGGUUCCUGCUAAGGAUGCGCCAGAAGCUCGCGACGUUCUGUCUGGAGUGAUCGAGCUUCCUGAUGGAGACACGGAAGCUACGACUACGGAUGACGACGAGCCAGCGGACCCUAAGGGCGCGGCCUCUUCUUCUUGGCGAGGAGUUAAGGAAGAAGCUCCAGCUGAAGCAGCUGGUAGUCGUCCACUGAGCCGGAGUGCCGCAGAGCUCAGGACCGUCGCAGAACCGGUGCAGCCGGUAAGGGCGGAACCUUUGACUGAGCCGCCGGAGGGCAGUGAAGUCAAGGUUGGGGAGGUCGCGAGCAGAGAGGCCGCGCCUCCUGAAGGGCAUAAGCGGGAGGUCGCGGGCCGCAAGGCCGCGCCUCCUGUUGUCUCUCGACCUCGUGCUAGAGUGCCUCGGGGUUAUGAGGGGGAACCCCCCAACUUUUGGUGGACCCAUAUUCCUCGCCCUCUUUGGAGGACCGAAGAAGGAAUAUGCCUCUUAUGCAAGUCCAGGGCUGGGAAAAUUGGGACGUCCUGGAUCACGGAUGAGCAUCUGGGAAGCAUCCAACACGUGAACAAGAUGUUCGAGCUUGCGGAACGGUACGAUAGGGAACAAGCUGCCGCUCCGGCUUCGUCCAGCUUGCCCUCGAGAGAUGCCGGACCGCUUCCAACUCCUGCCAAGGUAGAAGAAGCUAAGGAAGCUGAACCUACGGCCGCUGCUAGCCUGCCCUCCGUGGUGCCUUCGAGUGGAGAAAAAGGUCCUGUGCUGGAUCCGCCCAAAGCAGAGGAACCGGAAGCUACAGCUGUGGCAGGCCCCGCGUCGUGCGAAGCCGAGGGAUCGGCGCCGACGUCGGCUGAGACUGAGGGUCCGGAAGGCGAAGGCGAAGAGCCAGAAGCAGGAGGAGUGCCGUUAUCAUCGGACGCAUCAUUGGGAGCGGAGCUCAAAGAUCGGACUCUAGAGACAGAGCCAGGAGCAGCUCCCUCAGCAGCCGGUGAGCGCGAGGGAAAGGAGCAAACCUUAGAGCCAACUAAGGAUGACGGGGAAGAAUUCGUGGAGGUAGAAGAAGGAGAAGCAUCCCCUGAUCUAGAAGCCAAGGCGGCUAGGAGAAAGAGGAGCAAAAAGGAAGGUCAUUCUGAGAAAGGCCAUUCGGGACGGCGCAGACACCGAAGGCCGUCUAAGAGACUCAAGAUCCUGAGGGAUGCUAACCUGAAGGAGAAGAGGUACCGGUCUCAUUCAGAAGAGGAGGCGACCGGAGGGGAUCAUGAGCAGAGGGGCGACUCUGGAAGGAGUCGCUCUGGAAGGAGUCGGUCGCGGUCCAGGGGUGUGAGUUCGAGAUCACCGCCUCGGAGACCGAGGAGUCCGGACUUGCCAACUCGCAGGCCGAAAAGUCCGGAUGGAACCCCGCCAGAACCCUCUAGCAGAGAACGGUUCUCCUUGAGGCCAGUUCGCUUCGAAUGGGGGUCUUGGGUCUGCCACGUAUGUGGCGCAGUGAAUGCGCCAGGAGAUGAAUACUGCUUUGUGUGCGAAGACAGCUUCUGGAAUUCUACGGAAUGGGCCAAUGAACUCUACCGCGAGAUUAGAAGGCGAGAACGGGCUGCGAAAAAGGCUGAGUUCUCGACUCUUCUUGCCAAGGCCCUUGCCGCUGGUAGGUGGGAAUGUGACAGAUGCGGCGGAGAGAACAUGCUCUCGCGCGUCAAAUGUUACCAGUGCUCCACCCUGCGCAGUCGACAUCGUGGGGAUGAUGAGAGCUCUGAUUCCGAAAGGGAGCGUCUGGUCGAACGCACUCUCAGGCAGAUGCCGGAAGUCAAAAGGAGGAAGAGAGCCGGCCGGAAACACAAGAAGAAGGUAUGCAGGUGUGGCCGCGUUCACCACCGAUCGCCUCGCGGGCACAGAGCGCCGCGGACAGUCAAGGGCCUCUCUCUUGUGAAAGCGCUUGAGAUCGGUAUGAGGAAAAGGUUGGUGAGCAAGCCCUGGAAGAAACACUUUGCUCCCAGGAAGGUGCUGAAUAAGUUGCAGCACGCCUUGAAUGGCAAUGGACCGUCUGUUGACCUAGCGGUCAAGGUCCUGGUCGGCGCAAGUUUGAUUCCGCUCGCCUGGAGGACGGAGCAGGAAGUUGAGGAGGUGCUUGACAGCAUCAGCAGCCUCAGUUCCAGGGUGCUCUUCGAGAUCGAAGAGACGACAGCUCAGACCAUCCAGAUCACCGGCCUGAUCUGUAAGUCGGCGGUCUUGGGGCUUGGGAUCAUGGGGCUAUGGUUCCUUGGCCGAACUGUCGCCAAUAGGCUUUUUGAAGAAGGAUCUGUGGUGAAAAAUAAAGGUGCAGCAGCUCUCAAGAGUAUGGGUGUCAGUGGUCGCUCCACGGAGGCUCUUUGCUUCACGGGGGUAGUGAGCAAGGCUCAGCGUUUGUUCAGCGCUGAUGAGUCCAAGGAGACGACUGCAGGGUGCUUCAAGGGGCUGACGCACGGAAGAGUCAAUGAAGACUUGCAACACGCGGUCCGUGAGAAGGACGCGGUUGCCGCGGUGCGCGCACCUCGGCCCAAGGGCGGCGCGUCGUCAGCAGAGAUCACGGUCGAAUACUUAAAGGACCGUGCAUCACAAGAAGCGGUGAUCGACUUGCUAGAGCGACACCCUGACUCUGCUGUUUUUCUGGCUGCCUACAGUCUAGACCAGCCAGAUUUGACCAAAGCAUUCGCCAAGCAUAAAGGGAAGAUCGAAUUGCUUGCCGACGCGGGUCAGACCCACCGGACGAAGCUUCAGCUUCAGUCUUUGCUGGAGAUUCGUUCAGGUGGGCAUUCCGUCAGGGUCGCGAGAGGGCAAAGUCUUGCGAAGACCUACAAGGAAGACGGAAGAGCAGUCAGAGUUGGAGCCAACUUGAAAGGUAUCCAACACGCCAAAAGCUGUUUGGUCAUGACUGCUGUGCACGCGUACUUGGUGCUGGGCUCUUGCAAUUGGACAACGUCGUCAAAGUCCAAUCGUGAGUCAGGGUUGUUGCUGACUAUGCCCAAGGAGCACCAGUCCGUCCGGGAUUUCCUGAGCCACUUCUCGGAGUCCUGGGACGCGGGCGCUUCGCUGGAAGAAGUGCAGUUCCAGCAAAAUAAGACCCAAGGCGGUCAAGGACGUGCUCGGGCUUCGACGGAUGGCCCCUGA